GAUAUCUACGAAUGCCGAACGUGUGGUCUCAUGGAUUCUUUAUGCUGCUGCAUUGAUUGUGCUCGUAUUUGUCACAAGGGCCACGAUUGUCGACUUAAGCGGACUUCACCUACAGCAUACUGUGAUUGUUGGGAGAAAUAUCGGUGCAAGAGCCUUGUGGCCGGCUACCAGCCUGCAAGGCACUCUCUAUUGUAUCGUCUUCUGACAGAGACUCGUUUGGUAUGUCAGCCAAAUGGCCGUGGCGAGCAUUUACUAUUAUUCUUGGCGAAGUGUGUUGAGCGCCAAUAUCGUGAGCAGAAGCAAUACAGGCCCUCUCGACGUCGUUUUGGUACUAAUUCUGCUGCUGGUGGUGGUGGGGCAAGCUCGCGCUUGGCUUCCGUUUCAUCAAGUACUGCCAAUGAAGGCUCUAGUGGGGUUUCAAGUGGAUCAGCAGCGCCUGAAGAGCCAGAUCAUGAUUCGACACCUCCUAGAUUCACCAGGGACGCAUUUGAAUUGGCUCUGGACUGUCCACUCGCUGUAGAGUCAAUGCUUAACAUGGGAGUUGAGGUUGAUCCUGAACCAAUUUCUGUUUCUGGUUCUUCUGCUCUUUGCCUCCUCGAAGAACAAGUGAGCAUCAUUAAACCAAAAUAA